GAAUCUGGUCUGACAGGUUUUAGUCUUGUUCCCAGGGACUUGCUGAGUUUCUAGAUCUCUCCGCUGUUUGUUUGUUAGUUGUUGUCAUAUGAUCUGCUGUAUCAGGAUUACUCCUUUAUCUCCUCUGUAAGCUCAUCUUCAUGAACACAAGAGCAGGUGUGUAGUGAGUGUGGAGAGAGAAGUGUCGGGUUCAUCAAGGUAGAGGCGUUCAGCUGUUAAAGUGGCGAGAGAUAUGAGAACUGAACAUGGACUCUGUCUGAAGCGCUUUCUAUCGGACUCAAUCCUGCUGAUCUAACAGACGCGUGAUGCUGUGCUUUCUGCUCCUGACGCUUCACUGGAUGACCGUCACUGAAGCGCUUCAGUCGUCCAAGGAAGAUGGCAAAAGGCCGUAUAUUUACCGCUGCCGCUCGCCCAACAUGGAGAUCUUCACCUGCUGGUGGCAUCCGAUCGCUAAUCAGGACAACGUCACCUACACGCUCCUGUACACCAUGGGUGAGCGUGCUCCUCAGGAGUGUCCUGAUUACGUGAGCGGCGGCGUCAACAGCUGCUUCUUUGAUGCCAAACACACUCAGGUCUGGGAGAUGUACUGCAUGAACGUGACGGCACACACACACACGGGGCCCAUCACCUCUCGGAAACACUGCCUGGACGUGGUCGAGAUAGUGGAGACCGACCCUCCCUUUAACCUGACAUAUAUCAUGCUGAACGAGAGCAUCGGUGAAGUCGGCCGCAGUGUUUUAGUGUCCUGGCUGCAUCCGAUUGAGUCUCUGGUUCAUGAGCAACUGAUGAUGCUGGUCUACGAGCUGCGCUACAGAAACCUCGCUCAGCCAGACAACUGGAGGGUAAUGGAGCGUUUGCGCGAGCCUCAUGUGGAGUUUUUGGAUCUGCCGGUGGGAAGGUAUGAGUUCAGUGUGCGCUGCCGCACCACCAGCAACAAACACUGGAGUGUAUGGAGUGAGUCCAUCAUCGUCACCAUCAACGGCAGAGCUCUGUCCGAUCAAAUGUUGGCCUUGAUCCUUGUGACCAGCAUCGCUAUCAUGAUCUUCCUCUUCAUUAGUUUGGGGAACAUCCGACGAGGCAUGUGCAGGAUUAAAUCAUUCUUCCUGCCAGCGAUUCCCAAACCGCGCAUCCCAGGGCUUGAACCCGCUCUGCUGAAGAAGGGGAAUAUUGACGAGAUCAAUCAGCAUUUCUCCAGUUUUCACGGCUAUAGGUCUCCACAGUACUGCACGGAAACGUGGUACCAGGUAAACGUGGACACAAGUCCAGCUGUGACACCCAGUGUCCAGUCUGACGGUAUACAGGAGGAUGUGCUGAUCAAGACAAUCACACCGAUUGUGCCGAUCGGGCCAAUCACGCAGUACGUCACCUGCCCUGAUGGACAACAGUCUGUUCAGACUAACAGCACUCCUGCACCUUACUGCCGCGGCUCCACCCCCUACUGUGAGGAAGACACGCCCCCUGCAGACCUUGGCCCCGCCCACCUGGAGCUCACAUCUGUCCCAGGCAUGGACUACAGCAUGAUUCUAAGCCCCGCCCCAACGGUGUCGCCCACUCAAGACUUCUACAUGUGUGUAAAUGGCAUGACGCCCGCUGGCACACUACAUCUGGUGCCCUACCUGCAGCUCAACGAGGGAGCGGACUACGAAGCAGACAAGAACAGCCAGCUGGCAGCGCUGCUGGAGAAGCAGAUGGAGGCGCUGUUGAGCACGAUAGAGUCGAACCCAAGCGAAGCUUUCAUGCCUUCACAACUUAAUUCACCAGACAGUAGCUGCAGAAGCAUCUAAUAACACACACACACAGCAUAUUAGGAGCCGUGCAGCAGGUGUUUAAGUGCUAAGUCUAGUUUAGCAGCACUGCUCCUGCUUGAUUAAAGUGACAACGCAAUAAUAUGGACUAAAUGAACAUGAUUUUGAUCUGAUUCAUUGAGUUUAGUUUGGAAAAAUGUGUAGAUUUGAUAGGAAUUAUAGAAAAUCAAGUAAUUUAUUUACCUACCAGUCAGAUUAAUUUUUCUUGUUUCUUUCCUUUCUUCUUGAAGAUUUCACAGGCAGUUAAGACGUGUGAGAGAGAUUAUCGUGUACAGAAGAUCAGAUCACAGAUUUCAUGGACAGAGCAGAAUGCCAGGUCAGACUAGAAAUAACUGAAAUGAGUAAAACACGUUUCUUUAAUGGAAGAAUAGAGAGAUAAAGGGUCACUGCUUGAGAUCUCAGCAGGAAUCCAGUCACUUCUUAUCCAUGACCAGAACUCAGUAGUUUGCUUAGUAGUUCAUUCUUUUUGAAUACGACAAACUCUGGAGAUUCUUUUUAAAGCAUAAGACACAAACCCCAAUAUGUUUUAGUAAGCUGAACUACUAUAAUCUUUCACAACAUUAAAAGUUGUUUGUUUUUACCUCGUCAAAUGUUUCAGUGGCAGUUUAAUUUAUUUUUUUAUGUUUCUUGCUAGAAUGUAAAAUCAGAUGAAUCAGGGUUUUAAUAAUGUUCGAUACAUUCAUGAUACAUUACUCUGUUUUGUACCGCAUUCAUAAAGAGUGCUGUUUAAAACACUACGGAAGAUUAGAAAAACAUUUCAUGGUCAAAAAAUGGCUGCUUUAUUUUUAUGUGUUUGUUCUUGGCUAUGUAGAAGUGUCUUAUAACAGUGUCCCAGAGAGAAAAAGAUAAUGGUACUGUAACGUGAAACUGUGUGUUUGUUUGUGUGUGUGUGUGUGUGUGUGCACAGUCUUGUUUGUGUGCCUUAGAGAGACUGAAGCACUGUUAUUUAUUCAUCACUGUUUCUCAGACUCAUUUUAGUGUCAGUUCAUGUUUUCCUCUUGAUUUUCCUGAGGGAUUAUUUGUCUUUGGGGUGUAUUGUCAUUGAUACGGAGGCAUGGGGAUCCAUCUGCAAAGCUUUAUUCAAUGACAUGGUCAACACAGGCAAGGGUCGGACAAUGGAAAACAGGUACACUGAGGGCAAGACCAAAGAGUAGUCCGGUAAACAGACAUGGGUCGAUACAAAGGGCAAGGCAAACAGAUAAUCCUCAGACAAUAGUCCAGGCGAGGUAUAAACUAUGUCUGAGAAGGCAAUAUAAAGGGUGAUCCGGGGCAGGUAGCAGACAGACAAAAGGAGGAGACAGGCUAAGAUAACAAAGCUAGGGUAAACAGGCUAGAUAAAGGUGAGGCAAAGAACAAGACUAGGAACUAGGCGAAACUCAGAAUGACUAUAACAUUGUUAUCACUGACACACGCAAACAAUACUCAUCCCUGAACUGUGGUGUUAAAGGUGUGUGAUUGGCUGCAGGUGAGGGUGUAAUCAGUGCAAUGGAACAUGGGAAAUGUAGUCCAGGAUGAUGUGAAGCAGUCUGUGUAGCGCGAGCGUCAAUAUAAUAGGAAGGUGAGCUCUGGUGGUGAGCAGAUGGAAGACCACAUCACUUGUGCAGGUUAAAACGUUCAUGUUCUACCUGCAGAUCAGUUAUAGAAACACAUCAGAGAGGUUCUGAUAUAUUUAAAAAGAGGUUUAUAGAGUAGUAAAGGUGUCAGCUUUCAAAGAAAUGCAGUAUGUAUUCUAACUACAACAUGUUUUUGUGCAUUAGGUUAUUCUUGUGUGCUUUCUGUAAGUCUUUGUUCCUCAUGUAAAUGUUGCCAUUUGUGGGAUAACCAUAUUCCAUUGUGGUCAAAUAAAGUGAAACUAAAAAUGUGCAGGUUUUGUGGUUGACAAACACACGAACGCACAGUUUUUGAUGUUUUGUUUAGGAUGAAUGAAUGUGGCCCGGUGUGUGCGUGCGUGCAAAUACAUUUUCAGCCCAUUAGUGAAACAUUUGACUGAUCCUCACUAGUUAAAAAGGCUCAUAAAUCAUCCAAAAGAUGUUGUUGAUGCGAAUCCAGUUUUCUGCACAGGUUUGUAGGAUGGGUAGGUUUAGGUGUUGGUUAGCUUACAGAAAAUAUCAUUAACCUGGUAGAACAUCAAUGGACGUCUAUGCAUGUCACAAUGAUUGAUUUGGUUUAUGUGGACACAAACCUGUAUGAUGACAUGGGUAUGUCAGGCGUGACAAUGUGAAGGUGGUUUAUGAGGACAUUUCCUGUGUCCCUCUAUUUUAAAUGGCUUGAACACGUACCAAAUGUAGUUAUUUUUUAAACUAUCUAUCUAAAAAU